AUGGCGACUCUUGAUGCCCUGCGUAUCGCCCUUCGGCAGCAAAUCCCGUCGGAAGCAUCUACCAAGGCUUUGUCGGAUAUAGAAUACCAGCAUGGCUUUGAUCUCUUCUUGCACCACAAUGGAUGGGGCAACUACCGUGACUUUGUCAUCCCCAAGCUCUCCCAACUUCUUCAUUCCCAGUUCAGUUCCCGGAAAGAAGUAUCUGUGCUCGAGGUUGGCUCAGGCCCCAAGAGUGUUUUCGGAUACCUGCCCAACUUCAUGAGGCAGAAGAUCACAAGCUAUUCAGCCUAUGAACCAAACCACCUAUUUGCUGAGAAGCUGAAGACUUGGCUACAUCCGACAAAAGAGACUUCACCCUUUCCUUCUCUGUGUACCUCUUAUAUCAACAUAGAACCCUUCACGCAAGAGACCGUCGUCCAUGAGAAGCAACAGAUCAUACUCUUCUGUCAUAGUCUCUACGGUGUCUCAUCGAAAGACCAGGUCGUAAGACAUGCGCUGGAUAUGCUUUCUGAGGAGUCAGAAGAAGGUAUACUUGUCGUUUGCCAUCGUGACACGGCGCUAUUUCUCAACGACCUAGUCUGUCAGCGGUCAGCUAUAUUCCCAGAUGGGACAUUUCGCAUCGCGAACAGCAAUGAUACCAUCAACAGAUUUGCAUCAUUUGUAGCUGGCUGUUCGAUUCAAUCAGACACAAUGCGUAAUGCCAUUCACGAUAAUUGGAGAAACGUAUGCCGCAGCUUGGCACGUUAUGAUAACAACCAUCCCGAUACUCUGACCUUUGCAUCUCCCGAAGUGAUCAUGACCUUUACUCGGCAUUCCACCGCGCUCCCAGAGCUAACUGCGAUUGUCCCACUGGCCUCAAAGGACUACAAGGUCAAGAACAAAGAGGCGCAGUCCCAUGUGCCCGCGGCUGUGGUUAGACCGGCAGAUGUUGGACAGGUCCAGAGAUGCGUUACCUGGGCCUUGAAGCACCGAUUCUGCUUGACUGUCGUUGGUGGUGGCCACAGUGGUCAUUGUCGCUGGCGCAAUGUCGUCUCAGUUGAUAUGGGUGCCUUCAACCAAGUACACAUCGUCAGGAAGACCGGCGGAUCCAACGAAGGUCACCCUCUGGUAGUGGCUGGAACCGGAUGUAAAACAGGCGACAUCAUCCAGGCCGCCCAGUCUGAAGGUCUGACAGUUCCUUUGGGAGCCCGUCCCAGCGUCGGGUCUGGACUGUGGCUCCAAGGCGGCAUUGGCCACCUACUCAGACCCCAUGGUUUGGCGUGCGAUGCUAUUGUUGGUGCCGUACUUGUCAGCGUUGAGUCUGGCCAAGUUCUAUGUGUUGGAGAGGUACCGUGCGAGCACCAGCCUAUUGAUGCGAUCAGACCCAACAACGAAGACGAUCUCCUCUGGUCGCUCAAAGGUGCCGGUAACAAUUUUGGGAUCAUCAUCAGUGUCACCUUUAACGCCUACCCUGCCCGAUCUUUCUUGGUGAAAGACUGGUCUAUUAGACUCAAGGAUGAUGAACACGCCAAAUACAUUCUCCAAAAGUUCGCGACUACACUCGCCCGUCCUCUCGAUCGGGAAUCUUCAGUGGACGCCUAUUUGUACUACGUCAACACGCAGCUCAUGCUUGGAGUUACUCUCUUCGAAAGCAUGGAGACCACGACCGGCAAGUGCCCCCUCCCAGAAACUCCCGAAUCAUUCAUCCAGGUGAUUGGAGAGAGCGACUGCACAAAGACCGUGGAUGCUGUUGGAUUAUUUGACACCGAGAUGUACAUGUCUUUGAUGCAUGGUGGACAUGGCGGCGGGAAAACCUCGUCAUUCAAGCGAUGCGUUUUCCUGAAGGAUAUCGAACAUAUCAACAUCACCAACAUCCUUCUUACCGCGAUUGACAGUCGCCCAUCAGCUAUGUGUUAUUUUCAUCUCCUACAUGGAGGAUGGCCAGUCCAGGAAGUUGCUAGCGACGUCACCGCAUUUGGCUGCCGAGACUGGGACUUUGCCUGUGUGGUGACCGGCGUUUGGCCCCGCGAGGAUGACGAUUCGGCGACUGCACGCGCAACAGUUCGCUGGGUAUAUGAUGUGGUUGAAGCCCUUCUGCCAGUCAGUCAAGGAGUCUACGGCGCCGACCUUGGGCCAGAUCCUAGAGACGCCAUUCUUGCGACUAAAGCUUUUGGUCCAAAUCUUCGAAAGCUGGUUAAGAUGAAACAGAUCUUUGAACCCCACGGAGUACUCACUUAUGCCUGUCCACUUUCGAAGGACAUGUUGUCACAAAAGAUGGUUGUUCUUGUGACUGGAGAACACGGUGCCGGAAAGGACUACUGCGCCAAUGUUUGGGCCGCUGCAGUCAAGGGACACGGCUACAGUACCACUGUUAUCGGUAUAGGCGAUGUGACGAAGCGAGAAUACGCCUCACAGAGAGGUGCUGAUUCGGAGCGCUUACUUGGAGACCGUGUGUAUAAAGAGCAGCAUCGUGAGGCUUUAGCGGCAUUCUUCAACCAGCAAUUGGAACAUAGGCCUCAUCUAGCAGAAGAACAUUUUGUUGAAUCUGUAAGGAGCGCUAAUGUGGAUGUACUGUUCAUUACUGGUAUGAGAGAAGAGGCACCUGUCGCAAAUCUGUGGCAUCUAGUUUCGGACGUUAGACUGGUGGACAUCCACGUCAAUGCUAGCCACAAGACUCGAGGUCUUCGUCGACAGAUCUUCACAAACGGUCAUUCUAUCAGUCGUGGGAGUUUCAAUUGCACAGAGACGCUUGUAUCAAACUAUCGACCAAACUUUGUAUUUGACAACGAUAUAGCAAGCGAUGAUCAGGUCAAGGCAUUCGCCAAAUACAGUCUGUUUCCCUUCUUAGGCAACGAUCUCCGGCGCCUCGCUGGGAUGGUUCCUUCAGUACCGGAAUUUCCUAGACCAGGAAUCAAGUUCCGACAUGUUCUGGAAAUCUGUCAACAGAAAGGAGGGUACAAGCUCUGCGCAUCUUUGUUCAAGCAGCAUUUUGCGGACGAUUGGCGCAAGGUUGACGCGAUAGUGAGCUGCGGCGUGGGAGGGCACAUAUCUGCUGCAUCGCUGGUGCUAGAGGUAAAUGUUCGCUCGAGUCUGGUUCAUCUCACAGGGAAAUUACCACCGCCAACCAUAUCUGCUGAAAAGAGCCCCUCACAUGUCUCGUCUCAUGUGAAUGGAGUAAAGGUGGAAGGGAUUGAGAUGCGCGCCGACACACUUCGCAAAGGUGCAAGGGUAGUGGUGAUUGAUGACGUUUUGGCAACGGGAAACACGCUGUUAUCAAUGCUUGAGCUAAUAAACAGAGCUGGUAUCAACAUGGAGGAUAUAAGUGUCAUGGUCGUUGCUGAGUUUCCGAUCCAUCGUGGACGUCAACGGCUAAGACAAGGCGGCUUUGGGAGAGUCGGCAUUCAGAGUUUGUUGGUUUUUGAUGGCGAGUAG